CGAUGCUAUUCUCGCGAGAGCCGCCGAAGGGGUAGCAAUGGCGGCCACUGGGGCAGGUCCUGGCCCUGGAGUGGGCUCCGGUCCUGGUCCUGGAACGGCUGCAAGCGCCACCACGGCAGAGGAGGGAGAGACGGAGCCGGUGGCUGCCGCGGCUGGAGAGGGGCCGCCUGCUGCUCCGGGAGCGGAGCCCAGCUCCGGAGAGGCUGAGAGUGGGGAUGCAAACUUGGUUGAUGUAAGUGGUCUGGAGACAGAAUCUUCUAAUGGGAAAGAUACUCUAGAAGGUGCUGGCGAUACUUCAGAAGCGAUGGAUACCCAGGUGGGCUCUGUGGAUGAAGAGAAUGGCCGACAACUGGGAGAGGUGGAGUUGCAGUGUGGACUAUGUACAAAAUGGUUUACCGCUGACACCUUCGGAAUAGACACAUCAUCAUGUCUACCUUUUAUGACCAACUACAGUUUCCAUUGCAAUGUGUGCCAUCACAGUGGGAAUACCUACUUUCUCCGGAAGCAAGCAAAUUUAAAAGAAAUGUGCCUUAGUGCUUUGGCGAACCUAACAUGGCAGUCUCGAACCCAGGAUGAGCAUCCAAAAACCAUGUUCUCCAAAGAUAAGGAUAUUAUACCAUUUAUUGAUAAAUACUGGGAGUGUAUGACAACUAGACAGCGGCCUGGGAAAAUGACUUGGCCUAAUAACAUUGUCAAAACAAUGAGUAAGGAGAGAGAUGUGUUCUUGGUAAAGGAGCACCCGGACCCAGGGAGCAAAGACCCAGAAGAAGAUUAUCCCAAAUUUGGACUUUUGGAUCAGGAUCUCAGUAACAUUGGCCCUGCUUAUGACAACCAAAAACAAAGCAGCGCUGUGUCUGCUAGUGGGAACCUAAAUGGUGGAGCCACUUUGGGAGGGGGAAUCGCGGCAGGAAGCAGUGGGAAAGGAAGGGGAGCCAAGCGUAAACAGCAAGACGGAGGGACAACAGGGACGACCAAGAAGGCCCGAAGUGACCCUUUGUUUUCUGCUCAGCGUCUCCCCCCUCAUGGCUACCCCUUGGAACACCCGUUUAACAAAGAUGGCUAUCGGUAUAUUCUAGCUGAGCCUGAUCCUCAUGCCCCUGACCCAGAGAAGCUAGAACUUGACUGCUGGGCAGGAAAACCUAUUCCUGGAGACCUCUACAGAGCUUGCUUAUAUGAACGGGUUUUGUUAGCACUACAUGAUCGAGCUCCCCAGUUAAAGAUCUCUGAUGACCGGCUGACUGUGGUUGGAGAGAAGGGCUACUCCAUGGUACGGGCUUCUCAUGGGGUACGAAAAGGUGCCUGGUACUUUGAAAUCACUGUGGAUGAGAUGCCACCAGAUACUGCUGCCAGGCUGGGCUGGUCCCAGCCCUUGGGUAACCUUCAAGCUCCCUUAGGGUAUGAUAAAUUUAGCUAUUCUUGGAGGAGCAAAAAGGGAACCAAGUUCCACCAGUCUAUUGGCAAACACUACUCGUCUGGCUAUGGACAAGGAGAUGUCCUAGGGUUUUAUAUCAAUCUUCCCGAAGAUACAGAGACAGCCAAGUCACUGCCGGAUACUUACAAAGAUAAGGCUUUGAUAAAGUUCAAGAGUUAUUUGUAUUUUGAAGAAAAAGACUUUGUGGACAAAGCAGAAAAGAGCCUGAAACAGACUCCCCAUAGCGAGAUAAUAUUUUAUAAAAAUGGUGUCAAUCAGGGUGUGGCUUACAGAGAUAUUUUUGAGGGAGUUUACUUUCCGGCCAUUUCACUGUACAAGAGCUGCACGGUUUCCAUUAACUUUGGGCCAUCCUUCAAAUAUCCUCCAAAAGAUCUCACUUAUCACCCUAUGAGCGACAUGGGCUGGGGCGCUGUGGUGGAACACACGCUGGCUGAUGUUUUGUAUCAUGUGGAAACAGAAGUGGAUGGAAGGCGCAGUCCACCCUGGGAGCCCUAACCAAUCCUUGCUUCAGACAGCUUUCUGUGGAAUAAUAUCCGUUUUUGCUUUUGUUUAUGAAGUGUCAAAUGUUGUCCCAAAGAUGAUGCCACACACUUUGCUGAGGUAAAAGAGGCUGGCUGAGUGGGACUGCAACAGAUUCCCCUUCCUCAGCCUUCCCUCUCCACUUCCGCUCUUACUCUGUGAGUGCCAUACAUAAGUCAACAACCGCUGAUUCGGAAGCACCCACAGACUGCCUGUGAAGCUGGUGCUGUGCCGCACGCCUGCCAGCAGAACUUGUUACCUUCUGUAUUCUCUAAAAGUGAGCAAUCAUGCCCGUGCACUAGUGUGUUUAUAGAUCUUCUGAGAGUGGCAGUACAUUCAAAGCCGUCUAAAAGCUAUCUUUUCUAGUGUGGAGCUUGGGGGCUGUGAAGCCUAGUGGGCCUCUAUGAACUGUAAUUGUGAAAGGAGUUUGCGUGCAGGUUUAACAGAUUUUUCCUCCAAUAAAACUUGUUUGCAAGCUUG